AUGAGCUCGCGAUACAAUUUGAGAUCGAAUCCACAUUCUGAUCUAAUUCCACCUAUUACUUAUUCGAAACAACCUUUGCAUAGAUCACCUCUCGAUCAAGCAAUAUAUACCGAUCUUCCACUCACAAGUGAUUCUUCUGAUUUUUCUGAUCAAGAGGGGAUGGCUAAUCUAACUCUCAAAGAGAUGGCUGCACCAACCGUUGACCAACAACCUUUAUGCAUUCGAUACAAUGAUACGGCAGGGGGAGCUUUUGAGCUUAAAUCUGGGAUGAUUCAUCUUGUACCAAUUUUCAGAGGUUUAGCAGGAGAGGAUCCAAACAAGCACCUUAAGGAGUUCCAAGUGGUGUGCUCAACUAUGAAACCAAAUGGAACAACGGAGGAACAAGUGAAGUUAAAGGCGUUCCCAUUUUCUUUAGCAGAUAGUGCUAAGGAAUGGCUUUAUUACCUACCAUCCAGGACCAUAACUACUUGGAAUGAGAUGAAGAGGUUGUUCCUGGAGAAGUAUUUUCCAGCAUCUCAAGCCACACUCAUUAGGAAAGAAAUUUGUGGGAUUCGGCAAUACAAUGGGGAAAACUUAUAUGAAUAUUGGGAAAGGUUUAAGAAAUUGUGUGCUAGCUGUCCGCAUCAUCAAAUAAGUGAGCAAUUACUUCUCCAAUAUUUUUAUGAGGGAUUGAUGCCAAUGGAGAGGAGCAUGAUAGAUGCAGCAAGUGGAGGAGCAUUAGUUGAUAAAACUCCUACAGAAGCAAGGAACUUAAUUGCAACCAUGGCGGAAAACUCUCAACAAUUUGGUACUCGAUCCGAUCCACCACCAAGGAAGGUAAAUGAAGUAGGGAUAUCCAAUAAUCUUGAGCGACAAUUGAAUAAUUUGACUCCACUUGUGCAACAAAUUGCAAUUGGACAAGUGAAGGCAUGUGGAAUUUGCUCCAAUGUGGGACAUCCUACCGAUAUAUUAGAGGCGCAUGGGUCUGGAAAGCUUCCUUCCCAACCUUUGGUUAACCCUAGGGAGAAUGCUAGUGCCAUUACUUUGAGAAGUAGUAGACAACUUGAGAAGACUCACAAGAAGCCAAAUGAUGAGAAAGAAGUUGGAGAUGAGUUGAUUCAAGGUGGAACAAAGCAACCCAAAAGUGCAGAAAAUUCGCCAACCAAUUCUUCCAAUGCAAAACAUCCACCUAAGGUACAAUCUAAUGUUCCUAUUAAUACUUACAAACCUCCUUUGCCUUUUUCUAGCAGGUUUGCCAUAUCAAAGAAGGAGGAACAUGAACAAGAAAUUUUGGACGCUUUUAGAAAGGUACAUGUCAACAUUCCUUUGUUGGAUGCAAUAAAGCAAGUGCCGCGUUAUGCAAAAUUUCUUAAAGAAUUGUGCACCAACAAGAGAAAACUUAAGGGAAACGAGGUGGUGAGUGUGGGAGAAAAUGUCUCAGCGGUUUUGCAAAGGAAGCUUCCAACAAAGUGCAAAGAUCCGGGUAGUUUCACCAUACCAUGCAUCAUAGGCAACACAAGGUUUGAGAAAGCAAUGUUAGACUUAGGUGCUUCUAUUAAUGUCAUGCCUUACUCAAUUUAUCUUGAUUUAAAUCUUGGUACUCUUAAAGAGACCUGCUUAGUUAUUUAAUUUUCUGAUUGAUCUAAUGCCUAUCCAAAGGGAGUUGUGGAAGAUGUUUUGGUGCAGGUAAACGAGCUUGUUUUUCCAGUGGAUUUCUACGUGCUUGACAUGAAAGAUGACAACUGUGAAACCACGCCAUUGCUUUUGGGGAGACCAUUCAUGAAAACAUCCCGUACGAAAAUAGAUGUGCAUAAUGGGACGUUGACAAUGGAUUUUGAUGGGGAAGUCAUUCAAUUUAACAUCUUUGAUGUAAUGAGGUAUCCUAAUGAUGACAAUGAUUGCUUUUCCAUUGAUGUACUUGACUCUUUAAUGCAACAAAUGUUCAAGCUUAAGGGUAAAGAUCCAUUGGAAGUGGCAAUAUGGAAUGGGUUGUCAACUGAGGAACCUCAAAGUUUUAAUGAAGACGUAGAGUUAGGAGAAGAGCUAAAUGAAACUAUAGCAAUGUUGGAUGAGCUUCCAAAGAAAAAUCCAAGGUAUGAAAUCUCCUAUAUUUCUCUUCCCAUAUCUAAUGAGAAACUUUUACCUUCCAUUGUGCAGGCCCCUGCCGUGGAGCUUAAGCCUUUACCAAGUCAUCUCAAGUAUUUAUACUUAGGAGAAGGAGACACAUUGCCCAUGAUUGUAGCGGCCAACCUUUCAAAGGUGCAAGAAGAGAAACUUGUUCGUGUGUUGAGAGAGUACAAAACGGCAAUUAGUUGGACGAUUGUUGACAUUAAAGGAAUAAGUCCUUCCAUGUGCAUGCACCGCAUAUUGUUAGAGGAAGGAUUGAAGCCUACAAGAGAAGCGCAAAGACGGUUGAAUCCACCAAUGAUGGAAGUAAAAUCCAGAAUAACCGUGGUAAAGAAUGAAGAUAAUGACUUAGUUCCCACUCGCAUUAAAACGGGAUGGCGAGUGUGCAUAGACUACCGCAAGCUCAAUGCCACAAUGCGCAAAGAUCAUUUUCCUCUUUCAUUUAUCGAUCAAAUGCUUGAACGUUUAGCAGGCCAUUCUUACUAUUGUUUUCUUGAUGGAUUUUCAGGUUAUAAUCAAAUUGUGGUUGCACCGGAAGAUUAAGAGAAGAUGACGUUUACAUGCCCCUUUGGCACUUUUGCUUAUCGACGCAUGCCAUUUGGCCUUUGUAAUGCACCUGCCACCUUUCAAAGGCGCAUGGUAAAUAUUUUCUCCGAUUACAUAGAGAACAUUAUAGAGGUAUUUAUGGAAGAUUUUAGUGUCUAUGGCAACUCAUUUGAUAAUUGUUUGGAUAAUUUGACGUUAGUUCUUAAAAGAUGCAUAGAAACUAAUCUUGUUUUAAAUUGGGAAAAAUGACAUUUUAUGGUAAAUCAAGUGAUAGUUUUAGGGCAUAUUAUCUCAUCUAGGGGGAUUGAAGUUGAUAAAGCUAAAAUAGAUCUUGUACGUUCCUUACCACCUCCCACUUGUGUAAGAGAGGUACGUUCUUUUCUUGGACAUGCAGGAUUUUAUAGGAGAUUUAUCAAGGAUUUCUCUAAGAUCACAAGGCUCUUAUGCUGUUUGUUACAAAAAGAGGUAGCGUUUGAGUUCGAUGAAGAGUGUAUAAAGACGUUUGAGAAACUAAAAGAACUCCUAACCACAGCCCCAAUUAUUCAGCCACCCGAUUGGAGUCUUCCAUUCGAGUUGAUGUGCAACGCAAGCGAUUAUGCCAUUGGAGCCGUGUUAGGACAACGAGUUGGAAAGUUACCACACACCAUUUAUUAUGCUUCAAGAACAUUGAAUGACGCUCAACUUAACUACACAACUGAGAAAGAACUUUUGGUGGUUAUUUUUGCAUUAGAAAAGUUUCGUUCCUAUCUAAUUGGCACUAAAGUUACUGUUUUUUCUGACCAUGCAGCUCUUAGGUAUUUGCUUACGAAGAAGGAGGCUAAACCAAGGCUUAUAAGGUGGAUUCUAGUGCUACAAGAGUUCAACCUAACAAUCAAAGACAAAAGAGGGAGUGAGAAUGUUGUAGCAGACCAUUUAAGUAGGUUGAUAAACCAAGAAGAUGCUCUUCCAUUGAAAGAUGAUUUUCCAGAUGAACAGUUACUUGCAAUGACAUCCUUGGGACCAUGGUAUGUAGAUAUAGUAAAUUACAUAGUGACCAAGAGAACCCCACCCAACAUGUCGCGUGCUAGCAAGGACAAACUGAAGAAGAUCGCCAAGCAAUACGUGUGGGAUGAUCCAUAUCUUUGGAAAUAUUGCCCCGACCAAAUCAUAAGAAGGUGCGUAGGUUCUCUUUCUACUCCCUUAACUGCAUUCUCAAAACCCUCAGAACAUGGGAAGCACACAUCUGUUGUCUCAGCACUAUCAAAUCCAAAAAAGGGACACCCUAAAACAAGUUUUUUGUCAACCCAGGUUUAUGCCCCAAAUGAAGUUCUAAAUCGAUCCCUUCUUACAACUUUGCUUGGUAAAUCAGCAUCCCUUUUUCGUGCAGAAUCAAACAGUGUAGAUGGUAAUCAGCAGUCAACUGCUACAGAGAAGCCAUUUGCUUGA